AUGCUAAUUGGACGGAUUUUCGUUGCCCUGCGCCGACUGGCCUUCUCCUCGCAUCAACAGCAACGCCGCCCGGUAGCACAGAGCGGGGGCGGACGGAAGCGUUUGCUUUCAGGUCCUCGAGCGCGUAAACCAAAGAAGAGCCCUAGCGAGAAGGCGCCCGCCGCUAGCAAUGGAACAGGUGGCGGAGGGAGUAGUGGAGCGUCCAGCGGGGCCCUGGCUGACGACAAACGACCCCGGACGGCGUUUAGUGGGCCGCAGCUGGCGAGGUUGAAGCACGAAUUCGCCGAAAACCGGUACCUAACGGAGCGCCGGCGCCAACAGCUUAGCGCCGAGCUGGGCCUGAACGAGGCCCAGAUCAAAAUAUGGUUCCAGAACAAGCGAGCCAAGAUCAAGAAAUCCUCCGGCCAAAAGAACCCCCUGGCGCUGCAGCUGAUGGCCCAGGGACUGUACAAUCACUCGACGAUUCCCCUCACCCGGGAGGAGGAAGAACUGCAAGAAAUGCAAGCCGCAGCCCAGGCAGCAGCGGAAUCCCGAAUCGGUUCCUCACCGGCCAGUGGUUAGCAGGGGGGUCGUCGGGUAUUUUGUUAGUUUGGUUUCAUAAUAUUUUUUGGCAACCCGUGGUACCAUAGUUUUUUCUCUUAAGUUGGGAUUUUAUGUACGAGUGGAAGCGAAAUAAAAACAUCUGUGAUAUCUUAAUGUUAAUCAAACGCGACAGCUUAUGGGAUGUACAUUUUUAGUAAAUGGAAUGUUUUUAGGAUGUUGUCCAAUUUUUCUGUGUAGUAAUUUUGCCCCAACUUUGAUUGUCAAAGAUGCUUACCAAUUCCCAUCAAUCAGUGUAUGAUUUGUUAGACGUUUCAAUUUACCACUAUACUUAGCCGUAGACAAUUUCAAUCAACUGACUAAGAAUGAGAAGAAGACUUCAUGUAAACAUUUGUAAAUAACCUGUUCAACCUAAUGACGAGAAUAUUCAAUCAAGAAGAGUAUAGGACAAUUAGGAAUAAUCUAUUUAUUUCGUUUGUAAAUAUUGAAACCGCUUCGAAGUAAGUUAUCAAUAAUAACCACAUAAAUUGAAAA